AUGACGUUGAUUGUGCGGCCUGCAAAUGGUACUCUUUUGACAGUCUUGCCUACAGCACCUCGAACUGUAGAUGAGAGUGCUUUCACUAGGGAAUGGUCCACGACGGGUUCAAGGCAUUUUGGGGGUCUUUGGCUGAGGCACUGGCAAGAAAUUACAGUCUUCAGCCGUCGAGAUGGGACCAUUUUCGUCGUACCGGGCAACGGAGUGGGUCAGCUGACGAUGGCCAUCUCCAGCAUCUUCCCACAUCUCCUGCCCGCCCGCCAUCUUCCACCUAAUAACAACGUCGUUACGAGAUUCAUCGCAUCGAAACCAUCGCCAUAUACAUACUCUUCAUGGCUGAGCUUCAUGGCGUCUGAUAUUACACCUCCAGGCAGUGAUCUUGUAACUCCUUUGACCCCUCCUCCGACGGAGGAAAAAGCUUCCCCGAUUGUUACAAAGGUCCUCCGUCACUUGCGACAACACCAGCAAGGCCAUCGGCCACAAAGCUCUUGGGUAGAAUAUCCACUCAAGCCAAAGGAAUACGUCGACUUUACCAACCUAUUGGGUUCGGAUGGGAGGCUCUCGGGAUACGUGAAAGACAAAGUCAGGUACGACUACAAUCCUUCUCGUAGUCGCCUGACGGUCCGUAUGCCAACUGCCAUCCACGAUACGUUCUGCGCAAAGCUGGCCGGCGAAAUAUCGAACCAGCUUCGGCAAUUUGAAAAGAGCGAAGGGUCGGUGGCAGAUUUCGCAGGGCAGAUCGAACAUUUCUCGACAUCGCGUAUCAAUUUGCCCAUAGACAGCGAAGAUGACGAACUAAAGUACUCCACGCGUGAGCCGGAUGCGUCGUUUGGCCAUCCUAAAGCGCAAUAUCCGGGCGUAGUCAUUGAAAUAUGCUAUUCCCAGAAGCGGCGCGACGUUGCGCUGCUCGCUGAUGAUUACAUCUUAAACACAGAUGGAAGCAUUAAAGUGGUGGUAUGUGUCGACAUUGAUUACAAGCAGUCUCAAAGGGCCACCCUAUCGGUUUGGCGGCCAGAGUAUGUCACAGUGGAAGGCAAGGAAUAUUUCCAAACAACAGCUGAUGUGGACGCCCAAGCUUUCCGAACAGAUGAUGGAAUUCCAGUCGAGGACACUAUGCUUAGGCUGAGCCUUCGGGAUUUCGCGACCGAUCCGUUGCUAGAGGAAUACGCAGACAUCAACCAGGAGGUCGUUAUUACAGCGCAGCAGCUAUGUGCGUUCCUUCAGAGCGCAGAAGCGAGACAAUCGGCGCAAAUACAUCAUGAAGGUUCGGUCAACACGAUUCGGCCGGGCGUACUAAAGCGCCGCCGGCAUAUAACUCCGUCCGACGUCACCGGCUCGGACGACGAGCAAACAUCCGAAAGGGAGACGAAGCGCGGACGGAGCGAUAGUGACUAUCACCCCAGUUCGCUAUCUGGGGAGUCUACGAUUUAG